AUGGAUCAAUUAGUUGGUGAAGCUUCAGAUGGUUUUUCGUCAUCUUCCAAUGAUACUUCUGUAGACGUUAAAUGGAAAUAUGGCGAUGUGGAAUUUAAAUAUAAGAAGGAACAAAUAGGUGGUAAGGACUGGCAUUGCUACUAUCCCAAUGAUAAAAGAAUUGCUUCUGUUUAUUAUGGUGAUAACUUGAUUUGGGCCGCAGAUCCAGGUGUAUCGCCUAAAGCAGUUCGAGCUCACUUGCCAAAUUGUGGAAACAAUACCAUCACUGUAGAGGUAGGUGCCAACGAAAAGAAGACCUUUACUCAGGAGUUUGGUUUUUAUCAUGAAAAAGGUACCAUAGCUUUAGACGUUGGUUGUAAGAAAACCACAAAUGAUUAUAUCUUUACCAAAACUGGUAACGAUAAGGAUGGAGAAUAUAAUUAUAAGGCUACAAAGGAAAACAAGAUUACUCUGAUUGUCCAGAAAAAAACAUGUGGAUCAAAUAAACUUUAUUGGAAAGCAACCGGUUCUUGGUACUGUACCGAGGUUGCUCUUACUAGAGAAGCUAACAAGAAUACAAAAAUGACACUCAAACUUACUGAUGGCAGUACAUCCACUGAUUUAACUUUGGUGAAACAGGAGGAUAAGUUUUGGGUUAGUGAGAAUACCGUCUUCCUUAACACAAAAAAGAAAGACAACGCCUUUAAUUGCAAAUAUACAAGAAAUGUGCAGAACAAAAGGGGCACUUUUACUUAUGAGCCUGCAGAAGGUUUCACCAUUUCCAGAGUCUCUCACGGAGACCACGAGCCCAAAAACCUUAUUUGGAAAUCCUCUGGGUUUGACAAAUGUACCAAAGUCACUGGUAACGUGGAGAACGAUGAGACAGUGAGCUAUGAACUACUGGUAGAGGGUGAUAACGGCCAGAAGGUUAAAUUGAAGUCUGAAAAGGUCGGCACAAAGUGGAACUUAUCAUCUGCAAACUAG